AUCCCCACUGGUGCCGGCAAGGUAGAGACCAAAGCUGAGAGUCGACCGCCGCCGCAGCGGAGGAGCAAGGGAAGGAUGUGGGUUUUUGGUUAUGGGUCCCUGAUCUGGAAGGUGGACUUCCCUUAUCAGGACAAGAUGGUCGGAUACAUCACAGGCUACAAAAGGCGCUUCUGGCAGGGAAGCACCGACCAUCGCGGGGUCCCCGGCAAGGGUUGUGUUUGGGGUGUUGCUUAUAGACUGCCAGUAGGAAAGGAAGAAGAAGUAAAAGCAUACCUUGACUUCAGAGAAAAAGGAGGCUACAGGACCACGACAGUCAUUUUUUAUCCAAAAGAUCCUACAACAAAACCAUUCACUGUGUUGCUAUACAUAGGAACAUGUGAUAAUCCUAAUUAUCUUGGUCCUGCACCUCUAGAAGACAUUGCUGAACAAAUUUUUAAUGCAGCUGGUCCAAGUGGAAGAAAUACAGAAUAUCUUUUUGAACUUGCAAAUUCAAUUAGGAACCUUGUGCCAGAAGAUGCAGACGAGCAUCUUUUCUCUUUGGAAAAAUUAGUAAAGGAACGUUUAGAAGGAAAACAGAACCUCAAUUGCUUAUAAAGACGUAAUCACUGACUUUUCCAAACAAGCAGAGCUUUUAGUCUUCAGAGAAAAGCUAUAGCCUCAUGCACGCUGGCAAUAUGAUUUGGAAACAUGUUUACUUGAAGGUCUUAUUUAUUUUUAAUGUUGCAGUCAAGAUAUGAUCAAAAUGCGCAGUUUAAUUUCAUGUAUCCUGAAACAUAAAUAUUUAAAAUACUGGGAUAUAAAGAAAAAAUUCAAGUUUUAAUAAUAUAAUGGUUUCCUAACUAUAUGAUAUUGAACACUGGCUCAUAAGAAGUGAGUUCUUUAGAAAAAUACAAUGAAGGACUCAGUUCAGAGCUUGUUUUUAUCAGAGUAAAAAUAAUUCUGUUGUUUCAUAUCACAAAACUAUUUUGAAGUUGUAGAGAAUUAAACCAAAGUCCAGUAAAUAUAAUAAGGUAAUAUCUUCAAUAUAUUCCUAUACGAUAAUUGUGUAACCAUGGUUUAAAAUAUAUAAACUUAAAAUAAUGUGUAGUUAGAAAUACAUGGUAAUUAGACAAGAUUUCAACCUUCAUUGUGAAUUUCCUUGUUCGGGUAUUAAAUAAGACCCUUUCCAAUGUAAGUCAAAAAGACUGGCAUUUUUAACAUAAAAAUUUCCUUGGAAUUAUAAUGUACUCUACCUCCCCUUUUUUGAAUAAAUGCAUUUUACUACAUGGAAAAAAACUCAUUCAGCUAAAAAGGCACAAAUUACAUUAUACGAAUCAUGUCCACUAACAAUGCAGUAUGCCAUUCAGUCACUUUGUAUCAAUCUUAUACUGAAACUUAAAGAGAGAUGGCCUUUCUGAUAUUACAAAUUAACAGAAACAUACAUAUAAUGAAAGUCUGGUGUUUGAAAUGACCUUUAGAAUUGUAGUUUUUUUUUUUUUAAACUACUAAGGUGGCAUUACCUAAUCAUUUGCUACACAGGCUUUUUUUUCCUUCUUAUAUCUUGUCACCAAAACAAAGGUAUCCACUUAGUACUGUUGAUGAUGCUACUCAAAUAGGAAAGUUACAUGUGCAUUAUUAACUCAUGUAGAACUUAAUUCUAAUCAAGAUAAUCUGUGUUAUAGGUUCCUUCUUUCUCAAUAGGACAGUCUCUCUCAAAUCUUUUAACAUAAAAAGAAUUUCAGAGUCCAGAGUGCCCAUUACACUAUGGAACCCACUUUAACAUAAGAAUUUCAGUGUCACAUUAAAUUUAUGAAACUUAAUAAAAACUCUUCAAACCCCAGCAUAACUAGUAUUAAUACAGAAAAUUUUCACAUUAAACAAAGUCAUCCUACACAGUAGGAAAAGUAGUCCUUUCCAUAUUUUUCUUAUUAACACCUAACUUGGUAAUUUCCUCAGCUAUAUAACUAUUUUAAAUGAUUUCCCAACAUUUUCAAUAUUAGUUUUCCAGAAGGCAUUUCACUUGUCCUGUAAAACAAGAAAAGGAGUUAACAUUCAUUAAUGAGUAUCUCAUAAAGAUAUGCUAGGCACUUUACACAUGGAAGCAUUUUCUGGGUAACUUCUCUGAGCUUAUUUCCAUAGUACCUUGCACAGUUACACACAUAUGUUAAGUAGCAGAAAUCCAGGUCUCUCUCACUCUAAAACACAAGACCUUUCUACAGUAUAUUUAAAAACCCAC